AUGCGGGCCAAAGGCCGUGACUGGUGUGCGUUGCAGCAGUGCAUGUCGUGCUACCUUGCGAUUCGCAAGGAAUUGGUGCAGUGCUCGAUGCCUGCAAACUUGAACUUGGUCGAGCAAAUUUCAAGCAUUUCCAGCAUCCAAGACCUCAACAACUUGCUGUGCAACGUCGUGGAUUUCGAUGCAACGAAAAAAGAGGCCUCAUGUAGUAUUCGCGAAGGCGUGUCGGCCGAGCUGGACGCGGCACGGGACAAACUCGCCCAAGUUGAUCAGAUCCUUGUGGACUUGGCGGGAAUCCUGCAAGACGAAUGGCCGCAAUUAAAGUCGAUUUCACUGCAGUUUCUCCCCCGAGUUGGCUACGUGAUUCGAUGCCCAUCGGCAGCCCCAAUCCCACCGAUCUUACAGUUCCAAUUCGAAGACAGCUCGUUUAGCUUUUACAAGUGCCCAAAAUGUCGAAAGCUGGACGAAGACUUUGGCGACAUUCACGGUUACAUUUCAGACAUUCAGCACCAGCUGACCACUGAGGUCACGAAAGCUGUCCUUGACGAAGAACCGUCUCUGCUACAAAUGAUCCACAUUGUGGCCCAAGUCGAUUGUUUCUUGUCGUUGGCGUCGUGUGCGCAGAAUUUCAACUUUGUCAGACCCACCAUGUGCGACGACGUUGUGUUUAUGGCCAAGGGGGCUCGGCACCCGUUGCAGGAAUUGACAGUCGAGUCGUACAUCCCAAACGACAUUGUGCUUGGCCCGGGCGGCGGAUAUAUUGCUGUGGUCACGGGACAAAAUGGAUCUGGCAAAUCUGUCUUUUUAAAGAUGGUGGGAGUGAUGCAGUUUUUGGCUCAAGUUGGGUCGUUCGUCCCAGCUACAGAAGCAACAAUUGGCGUCGUGAACAAAAUAUUUUCCAGAAUCCUCAGCUUGGAAACAGCCACGUUGUGCCAAAGCGCGUUUUCGAUCGACUGCAACCAGCUAGCUACAAUGAUGAACCAUGGAGACACCAAGAGCUUGCUCCUCAUUGACGAAUUCGGCAAAGGGACGUGUCCGUCGGAUGGGAUUUGCUUGCUGACUUCCGCGCUGAAGCAUUUAAAAGACCAAGUGGUGCAAUUCGGCGGCCCUAGAGUCGUGCUGACCACUCACUUUUUGGAAAUAUUCCGUGAGCCAACCCUGAGCGGCGUUUUGGGGUUUCAACCGGCCGAUACAGCAGCAACCGAGUGGCCAAGCAAGGCCGACAACAGCUCGUCCGUCAUUACGACGUACGUCAUGUCGUCGGUGGCGGUGGAGGGCAAAGAAAGCGACGGGGUCCACCGAACGAGUUCGCUGUACGAGUUGGUUCCAGGGAUAUCCACAUCCAGCAAUGCCAUUCAAUGCGCCAUAACUGCUGGGAUGGACAACGACUCGGUGAAUCGAGCUGCCCAAGUGCUCCAGUUGAGCCGGAGUCGCCGCCACAUCGAAGUGCCCGUGACGUGUCCGUCGCCAAAGAUGCAAGCAAAGCUCGACGCGUUUUACACCCUCACCGAGCUGUUCAUGGCCGAGGAAACCUGGAAAACGUGUCCGCUCGACAAAGUGACCGAAUUGCUGCGCAUGGCUCGGUCCAUCGACGGCAUUAUUCAAUAGGUUUCUUGCAUUCAUCAUUCAUAUACUAGGAUGAGUAAGUGAUUCGCCGUGGAUUUCAAACUCCAGCUUGACGUCUUCAAACAAUGGAGGAAUGUCCAACGAGUCGACAUCAUGGAGCGCAUCGGACGGAGGCAAGUCGUGAUCCAGGUGAAUGGGUGGGAAGUUGCAGUGGGUUACGUCUACAGCAUUGUGUGAAGCGUUGCACCUCCCAAGGGAACGUUCAUACCGUCGAGGUCGUCCAAAGGCAUCUCGACAGGUUCAGCAGACUGAGCAGCGUCCACUUCUUGCUGCCAGGAUAGAAUUUCCGCGUCCAUUUGCUGCUUCAGCUCCUUCAUGUGCAGGGCGUCGGUGUCUGCCGCGGAAAUUCCUCCAUAUGCUAGUUCAAUAUCCUGGGUCCAUAACUUAGCACAUACAUGGCGAUGUAGCAUGUUCAGAUCAACCUCAUCUGUUCG